AUGCCUCUCGAAAAGUCCCAGGGCGGCGCCGCCAGGCGGCGAGACGGCGGUCAGGACCACGACGACGCAGAGAAGGGUCUGUACGACUACACGCACCGCCUGCCGGUGCUGCCGCCGCUCAUUCAUGUCGACGAGAAGAAGCCCUUCGAGAUCGACACGAGCUUCAUGUCUCCCAUGUCGCCUGUCCACGAGGGCAUCACGCCGUCGUCGAGCGUGCCCGUCCUCUCGCUCACGGCUGCAGUACCCGGCGGAGCCGACUCGGACAAGAAGGCCGCGUUACCGGCCCGACCCAAGCCCAGGAUCAGCCGAUUGAUCCUGAUGCAGCUCUGGUUCAACACCUACCGGAAGCUCUUCACGUUCGUGACCCUCUUCAACCUGACAGGGAUCCUCCUGACGGCACUGGGCCGGUUCCCGUACGGCGAGACCCAUCUUGGCGCGCUAGUGCUGGGCAACCUGCUGUGCGCUAUCUUGUUCCGAAACGAGCUGUUCCUGCGGGUGCUCUACAUGGUGGCCAUCUAUGGUCUCCGUGGUUGGGCCCCAGUGUGCGUCAAGCUGGCCGCCACAUCGUUCCUGCAACACGUCGGAGGGAUCCAUAGCGGAUGUGCCCUCUCCGGCGCUAGCUGGUUAGUGUUCAAGAUCGUCGAUAUCAUCCGGUACCGAGCGGUGCAGCACAGCUCCGUGAUUGCCACUGGCAUCGUCACGAACGUUUUUGUCAUCAUCUCUGUACUAAGCGCAUUUCCGUGGGUCCGAAAUUAUCACCACAAUGUCUUUGAGAAGCACCAUCGGUUUAUCGGCUGGUUGGGCCUGGCGGCGACCUGGGUGUUUGUCAUUCUUGGGAACACCUACGACAUCAAGACCGGAGAAUGGCGGCACAACGCAAACACCCUGCUCAGCGCUCAGGAGCUGUGGUUCGCCGUCUUCAUGACCAUCUUUGUUCUGAUCCCAUGGGUCACCUUGCGUGAGGUCCCUGUGGAGGUUGAGAUUCCAUCGCCCAAGGUCGCAGUGAUCAAGUUCGAACGCGGCAUGCAGCAAGGCCUGCUGAGUAGGAUCAGCCGCACCUCGAUCAUGGAAUACCAUGCCUUUGGCAUCAUCAGCGAGGGGAGAAAGUCCCCGCACCACUACCUGAUCUGCGGCGUCCAGGGCGACUUCACCAAGGAGCUCGUCGCCAACCCGCCCAAGACGCUGUGGACGCGAGAGCUCAAGUUCGCGGGCGUCGGCCACGCUUCGGCCAUGUUCAAGAGGGGAAUUCGCGUCUGCACGGGCACGGGGAUUGGCGCGGCGCUGUCGACGUGCAUCCAGAGCCCUAAUUGGUUCCUCAUCUGGAUAGGCUCCGACCAAGAGCGGACUUUCGGCCCGACCAUCACGGGCAUGAUCCACAAAUACAUCGAGCCCGAGAGGAUGAUCCUCUGGGACUCGAAGAAGAGGGGCGGCCGCCCGGACACGGUGCAGCUGCUCAAGGAGACGUGGGACAGCUUCGGCGCCGAGGUCAUCUUCAUCACGUCCAACAUGCAGGGCAAUGACGAGAUGAUGCAAGGCUGUACAGCAGCCGGCCUGCAUGCCUUCGGCACGCUCUGGGACUUUUAA